AUGACUGCGGGGCUGUGUGUGUGCGUGGUGCUGGCGGUCUUGUGUGCAAGCUGUUUGGGGCUGCCCCUCUCCUCCCUGCCCCUCGAUGAGGGCCAGCGCUCCAUCUCGGCUCCCUCUGAAGCUCUCCUCCGGGCUGACACCCACACCUUGGGGGAGCCCCACCUCCGACACAGCCGCUCGGCCCCCCAGCUGAAGGCUCUCCCCCUGGCCGAGGAGGACGCAGACUCCCGGGCCAACCUCAGCGAGCUGCUGGCAAGACUCAUCUCCUCCAGGAAAGGCUCCGUUCGUAGAAACUCCACGGCGAACAGCAGAGGUGGGGGACUGAGCACCAACCACCGGAUAGCAGACAGGGACUACAUGGGCUGGAUGGAUUUCGGCCGCCGCAGCGCAGAGGAGUACGAGUACUCCUCAUAAAGGGGGGGAAAGUCACAAUCCAUAACUCCCUCCUCCUGUGCUGGCACAAAAGAAGAGAAAAUUUA